UCCUGCCUCUGUAACUAUUUGAUUUUGGGUAUAAUAAUUUAGAAUCCAAGAUUUGUAGAUUUUAUUUUUGCAAUUUUGCAACAAUUUUUGGGGUUUGCUAGAUUGAUUGGUACAUAGAUAUAACAAAUAAUAAUACAUGCAGAUAUACACACAUGCAAUUGAAUUUGCAUUUGGGUUUUCGUUGAUUUGUGAAGGACCAAUAAGUUAUUCAAUUGGGUUGAUCCUGCAUUUUGCAUGGAAUGAAACAGUUGAAAUUGGCUGCAGAAUUUCACGCUAUAGAGGAUAAUCUUCUUAGGCAUAAGCCAGAAAUGGAAAUCACAUUUGAGUCUUCUGCCAGUCCGCAGCAUAAAAAGAUAUCAGCCAGAUGGGAUCCGGUUGAAGCAUGCCGACCUAUAAUUGAUGAAGCACCUGUGUUCUAUCCAACUAUUGAGGAGUUUGAAGACACACUUGGUUACUUAGCUAAGAUUCGCCCCCAAGCUGAACCUUAUGGCAUAUGUAGGAUUGUCCCUCCAGUUUGCUGGGCACCACCAUGCCCUCUUAAGGAGAAAGAUUUAUGGGAAAUUGCAAAGUUUCCCACUCGUAUCCAGCAAAUUGAUUUGCUUCAGAACAGGGAGCCCAUGAGGAAGAAAAUUAGGGGAAGGAAGCGAAAACGUAGAAGGCAAUCAAAGAUGGGAGCAGGUAAGAGAACUGCCAAAUCAGGUUCUGAAGCUAAUGUUGCUUCUGAGCCUGAGGAGAAGUUUGGAUUCCAAUCGGGGUCAGACUUCACACUUAAAGACUUUCAGCAAUAUGCUAAGGUUUUUAAAGACUGCUACUUUGGAUUGAAUGAUGCCAAUGAAUAUGGAAAAGUUAGCGAUUAUAAUCACUGGCUGAAACGGGAGCCCUCUGUGGAAGACAUUGAAGGUGAAUACUGGAGAAUAAUAGAGCAACCAACAGAUGAGGUUGAGGUGUAUUAUGGAGCUGACUUGGAAACUGGAUCACUUGGAAGUGGCUUUCCUAAGACAUCAUCCUUAACUAACAAUGAUUCAGAUAGAUAUGCUGUGUCUGGCUGGAAUCUGAAUAACUUCCCACGAUUGCCAGGUUCUGCGUUAUGUUUUGAAGGAAGUGAUAUCUCAGGAGUUCUAGUUCCAUGGCUGUAUGUUGGAAUGUGCUUUUCCUCAUUUUGCUGGCAUGUUGAGGACCAUCAUCUCUAUUCACUUAAUUAUCUGCAUUGGGGUGACCCAAAGGUAUGGUAUGGAGUACCUGGAACCCAUGCUCCAGGUUUGGAAGCUGCAAUGAGAAAGCACUUGCCUGAUUUAUUUGAAGAACAACCAAAUCUACUAAAUGAAUUGGUGACUCAGUUAUCUCCUUCAAUUCUUAAAUCCGAGGGGGUGCCCGUACAUCGCACUGUUCAGAAUUCAGGUGAAUUUGUUGUUACCUUUCCAAGGGCGUAUCACUGUGGCUUCAAUUGUGGCUUCAAUUGCGCAGAGGCUGUGAAUGUGGCUCCUGUUGAUUGGCUUGUGCAUGGCCAGAAUGCUGUUGAGCUUUACAGUUUGCAGUGCCGUAAGACUUCAUUGUCCCAUGACAAGUUAUUAUUUGGAUGUGCUCAGGAAGCCGUGUGUGCCCUUACAGAGGCAACUCGUCAUGAAAAAGAAAAUCUAAAAUAUAUAAAAUGGAGUAGUGCUUGUGGGAAAGAUGGAGUUCUUACCAAGGCAAUUAAGACAAGGAUAUCUAUGGAAAAGGAGAGGCUUGGCUGUCUUCCCACUCAUUUGAAGAAGCUUAGGAUGAACAGUGAGUUUGAUUUGUUUGAGGAAAGAGAAUGCUUCUCUUGCUUCUAUGACUUGCACCUAUCCGCCGUAGGUUGCAAGUGCUCCCAUACUUAUUCGUGUCUCAAGCACUCACAUUUGUUUUGCUCAUGUGAAGUGGACAAAAGCUUUGUUCUGUUUCGUUAUACCAUGAAUGAACUGAGUACAUUGGUUGAGGCAUUAGAAGGAGAAGCACAUGCUAUUGAAGUGUGGGCAAAUAGAAACACUGGAUUGGUAUCUGCUAAUGCUGAGGAUGCUUGCAUCUAUAAACAAGACGCGGAGAGUUACAAAGGAUGGAAAAGCUCAACAUAUUGUGCACGAACCAAUUAUAAGUCAAAUUCAAAUGUACCUAACAGUUCUUACAGCCACAUUUCUGCAGAGCUAGUCCACUCAGAGUUUCACCGUGAAACUUAUAGUGCACCAUAUGGCACUAAAGAUUGUCAAAAAGAUAUUGUGAAUGAAGAAAAAUUGGUCAUAUACAAUGAAGAUAAGGUGAGGGAAGGUUCUCUGGAUUUAAAUAUUGAUGUUAUGUUUGUUGAACGUGAAAGUCGUUUUCCGCAUGCUGCUGAAUACCAUCAUAAUAAAAGUGUUCCAUAUGUUGGAAAAGUCUGCUAUUCAGAGGUCAGAAAGAAACAAGACAACAUGGAACCUGGGUUUGGAUGUAUAGCUUCCUUGGAGAAAGAAUUUUCAUCAUGUUCAAGGGACGUUCAAAAUUCUUGUACACUAGAUGGUUAUAAAUUGUUUGGGGUGGAUCUGCAGAUGCAUUCUGAUUCGAAAGAACAACUCAACGGCGUAUUUAAAAUAGGUGAUGUUGAAACUUCCAAUGCAAGUGUAUCUUUGAUAAACCAAAAUUUCUUAAUGCACAAGAUUAGUGUUUCUGUUGAGCCUGUGAAUUUGGGCAUUGCUAUGUGUGGCAAGUUGUGGUGCAGUAAGCAUGCAAUAUAUCCAAAAGGAUUCAAGAGUCGUGUUAAGUUCUUAAGCAUUCUUGAUCCACCAAGAAUUUGUAACUAUGUUUCUGAAGUCUAUGAUGCUGGAUUUCUUGGGCCUCUUUUCAAGGUUACCAUGGAAGAACAUCCAAGUGAGAUCUUCACAAACACCUCGGCAGAUAAGUGCUGGGAGUCAGUUCUUUUGAGACUAAAUCAUGAAACCGAGAAGCUAAGGAAUCAAGGUGAAAGAGAACUUCCUCCCUUGGAGCUUCUGAAAACCAUUAAUGGUCAUAAAAUGUUUGGAUUCCUUUCACCUUCCAUUAUGCAGGCUAUUGAAGCUCUGGACCCCAACCAUCAAUGCAUCGAGUACUGGAAUCACAAAGAAGUUGUCUCUGAGUCUUCAGAAAGUGGCAUUGAUGACUGUAAGCUCAGUCACGGUUCAAGUAACUCUCUAAGUGAUGUCAAAACCAGACUUCUUGGUCCUGGUUUGAGAAAUCUGGAACAAGAUAGCAGAAGAAAUUGUGAUUCUUUCGAAGAGAUGAAGUUGGUGGUAGAAGGGUUAUUGAAAAAGGCUAGUGCUGAAGAAUUAAGCGCCAUGCACAAGUUAUUCAGCUCUGAUGCACAGUUCACCAAAUGGAGAGUGGCAUUUGUAACGCUGAUUGAGGAAAUCCAGAAAGCUUGUGCAUAAAAUAUAACAUCUCACAACUCUAUCUGACUUUGGAUAGCCAUAUUUCAAUUAGUUCUUAGUAGAGUCAUUUCUUUCUGCUGUAGAUGUCGAUGGAGGAGUCUUCGGGUAGAAAACAUUGAUAUGACUAAACAAUGGAAACAUCAUCAUCAAAAAGAGUGGUUGAUGAUAGAGGUAGAGCAAGAAAAAGAGUUAAAAGGAAGGAUAAUCUGGUGAGAGUAAUGUAAGUUUCGAAUGAUCUUAGAGUUGAAAGUUAUGGUCUACCAUGAACAUAUACUAAGUUACUUCUCCAAUAAGGACAUAGUAAGAAUUUG